UGUCACAUGUGCGAGUGAAACAUGCCGAAGUGAUGAAGACGCCGAUUCUGUUUAAGUAGUCAACAGUAUAUGGUGAUUUAAAGAAUAACAGAUAAAAAAUGUCUAUGUUCAUUUAACAGAAAAAUACGUAUUGUUGAAGUGACCUUGCUAAGAAAAUGUUGCCGGUUGCCACUGACGGCCAGACGACGGAAGUCUUUGGAAAGUUGUCAAGUCCACUUAUUUUGGAGGUGGAACCAGUUGGUCGCUGGUUUGAAGCGUAUACUCAGCGUCUCCAGAACAAGCAUUCAGUAUCUCAUCAUUCCCGGUCCAGCUCCAGCUCUUCCGAGAGUGAGACAGAUAUCUAUGAUGAUGAUGAAUUCAGCGAAGCACUGCUACUGGGUUUAGACCCAAAAGAGUGGAAGCAUCAAGAUCACUAUGCAGUGUUAGGACUGAAGAAUCUUCGCUACAAGGCAUCAGAGGAUCAGAUAAAGAGGGCAUAUAAAAGGAAAGUGUUGAAGCAUCACCCUGACAAGCGGAAGGCGAGAGGCAUGAAGGUGAAGGAUGGUGAAGAUGAUUACUUCACAUGUAUCACCAGAGCCUAUGAGGUUCUGGGUACUCCCUCCAAGAGACGAGCGUAUGACAGUGUUGAUCCUGAAUUUGAUGAUUCAGUACCAUCAGCAACAACAAACUCAAAAGAAAACUUCUAUGAAGUCUUCACAUCAGUGUUUGAAAGGAAUGCAAGGUGGUCAAACAAGAAACGAGUGCCCUCACUAGGAGAUGACAAGUCCACAUUUGAUGAAGUCAAUGACUUUUAUGGUUUUUGGUAUGAAUUUGAUUCAUGGAGAGAAUAUUCAUAUUUAGACGAAGAAGAAAAAGAGAAAGGUGAAAAUCGGGAUGAAAGAAGAUGGAUUGAAAAACAGAACAAGGCUGCUCGACAGAAGCGAAAGAAGGAAGAAGUUUCAAGGAUAAGAUCGUUAGUUGACAACAGCUAUGCCUGUGAUCCCCGUAUACAGAAGUUUAAGGACGAGGAGAAGGAGAAGAAGCUGGCAGCCAAGCGGGCCAAGCAGGAAGCAGCCAGGUUGAAGGCCGAGGAGGAAGAAAGAGUUCGCAGAGAGGCAGAAGAAGAGGAGAGGAAGAAGAAACAGGAAGAAGAGGAUAAAGCUAAAGCACAGGCUGCAGCAGCAAAGAAGGAGAGAGAAGUUCAGAAGAAGGCGCUGAAGAAGGAGAGGAAGACCCUGCGAACUGUGAUAAAGGACUACGAGUAUUUUGCCAGUGAUGAGAAAGAAAGGUUGGACUACAUGACGGAGGUUGACAAGCUAUCUGAAAUAUUGUCACUCACAAUGUUACAAGCCCUGAAUGAAUCUCUUAACUGUGGGGACAAGGAGAAAGCAAAAGAUGCUUUUCUGAAAAAUGUAAAAGAUGUGAAUGAUGGCAUCGAGCGUGAGAAACGUGAACAGAUCGAGGCCAUGUCUAAGAGCAGUGGGAGCGACAGUAACAAGGGCAAGAAGACCUGGACAGAGGAAGAGUUGUCUUUCCUUAUCAAGGCGGUCAAUCUCUUCCCAGCAGGAACUAAAGACAGGUGGGAGGUGAUAGCCAAGUUUAUAGGGCAGCAUGUGUCUGGUAGCAAUAAGAAUGCCAAGGAUGUACUGGGCAAGGCCAAGGAUUUACAGAAAAAUGACUCCUUCUUGAAGGAGGAAGCCCAGAAGAAGGCGUAUGAGAAGUUCCUUCACGACCACAAGGCCGCCCCAGCUGGAGUGCAGGAUAACCCCAGUGAGAGGAUGGAGAGUAUUGCCGAGCAGCAGAUCCGGGAGACCGGCGCCAACCCUGCCCCCUGGACCUCGGAUGAGCAGAAGCUGUUGGAGCAAGCCCUCAAGACAUUCAACGCCAGUACGCCCGACAGAUGGGAGAGGAUUGCCGAGUGUCUACCUGUACGAAGCAAGAAGGACUGCAUGAAGAGAUACAAGGAAUUAUGUGAAAUCGUUAAAGCCAAGAAAGCGGCACAAGAGGCAGCGAAGGGGAAGAAGACAUGACGACAGUGUCCGCUAGAUACCGAUGUUGUCUUGUGUCUGCUGUGGAUGUACAGUCUCAUAAAUGUUUUGGACAAUCCCUGAGUGUACCAGUGUAUACUGUCAACGCUUGAUGCUACUUGUAAACAUGAGUGCAUUGCCGUACACUAUCGAUACCCAUUUAGAUCCUCCUUUGGCUACAAAAGCCAAGCACAAGACAUCUGAGGCUUUCACUAACAAUACGAUACCGAAACAAUCAAACUAGUGAACUUUGUAUUACAUAUCCGAAAUACACAUGUCUACAAAACAUGGGUUUCGCAAUAAUCAUCUCGUUAUUUUGUUUUCGUGAACUUUAAAAGUUGAAUUAAAAAACAAAUAUGCUGUUUUGAUUAAAUUUCAAAAUUAAAUGGUUUAAAGUUGAAAUAUUACUGGUAGUUAAAUACAAGUAUGUAGUAUAGUUUCAAAUAUUUCGAUUAUAAAAACAAUGAUGAAAUCAUUUACAAAGUGUGCUUGAAAAUGUUAUGUUGAAAUUGUUUAAGAAUGUAAUGCGAGCCUUUAUUCUUGUUCAUGUGGCAAUGGAUAUUCUGUCCCUAAUAUACUGAUGUGUUGUGUUAGUGAAUGUGUAGCUCACCUAACAAGCAUAAUACAUGUCCAUGAAAAGGGUUUCCAGGGAACUUGUUUUUUUGUGGUGGAUGUUAGGGUUCGUCUCUGUUCUGUUCAUGUUCAUAUGUCCAUGUGUGCAGGAACUACGAAAACUUCAAGCACUCUGCUGAGAUAAACUUAUCUGGUCCAAUGUAUGUGUUUUUUAAUUCAUUUGAGGUAUUGUGAUCCUCUGUGUAAAGGUUAGUUAUAUACUGAAACACUUUGAAAAUGCAUUUUCAAAGUUUUGUAAUAUUUGAAAGGGAAAGGGCCUCCCUACAUAAAUGCAUUCAUUGAUGAGUAAAAUACUGGAAUAAAAGUUGGACUUGGAAUAUUUAAGGAUUUUUUUUAUAUAUUUAAAAAAAAAAAUUGAAAUAAAACCGAAACGUGCGGCAAACUUUAUAAUGAUGCGGGCGGUGCCUGAGAACCAAGUCUUUUUACCAAGUAUUUUUUUUUAACAAUGUUAUUUUGUCACACUUUCAUCAUAUUUUGUCAUGCAAGUAAAAUAUUUAUUGCUAAAAUUGAGGUAAAGUUGUUUGUGCGUUUUCAAGGGUGUUUCAGUAUAUGUGUUUUGUUCGAGUUGACUGAAAUUGGAUAUCAUCUCAUAGAAUGUAGUUAUCAGCAGUAGUACGGGUAGCAUGUACGUAUUCGCUAUUUUUAUGUACCAGGGUGCCGUUGUACAAAACAACCUUUACUAAGGUUGAACUUAGUUACUAAGGUUAAUCUUAAGGUAACCUUAUCAAAAAGUUACGCCCGUUGCACAAAACUACCUUUGGACAACCUUAACGUGGACAGGAUACUUAGCGGCAACCUUAACUAAGGUUGAACUCUUUAGUGUGGGAGACUCAAUUAUGUCCGUAGUUACGGUUGAGAGUUAUCUCCCCUGCUCGCAUCUGCAGACGACUAAUAUUGCUACUUCAACAUGACACAGCCGUCUACCAGUGCACAGAAACGGUGUCGGCAAUCAAACUUUACAUCAAGUGAGCUGACACUCUUGGCCGAUGGAGUCAAGUGUCGCAGCCAUGUUUUAUUCGGCGCAUUUUCUUCAACAAUCACCAAUCAAUCCAAAAUGAGGGAGUGGGAUGCAAUAGCCGCAAAGUAAGUUUUACCAUACAUUCAACCUAGCUGAUGCAGCAUCGUUACUUUGUAAAUGAGAUCAAAUUUGUGUAUCUAUCAUUCCUCACACAUCAACAAGAAAGUAGCCAUGUUGAAAUUCAAUGAAGUAUCAACCUUAGCGUGGCUAAGGUUGGGUCUGACCAACCUUAAAAUUUUCAUCUUAGCGUAAGGUAGUUUCAUGCAACAGGGGGUCAACCUUAGUAAAGGCCUAAAGUUAAAACUGAAGGAUAUAAGGUAACCUUAGCGCUAAGGUUGUUUUGUACAACGGCACCCAGCCCAGUGGAGGUUACAUGUAAGAGUCUAGGUCCCCAGCAA